GUGACAAGUGAGUGGAAUUGGGAUUCGGUAGGCACCGUGCACUGAAUCUAAAAGUUCCUUGGAAGUUGAGAGAUACUCCUUUGACCUCUGUGUCUGUGUUGUGUGAUUGGGACGGUUCGUGUCACGAGUGCAUGCUACUUACUUUCCCUCUGCCCUAAGCCCUCGCCUGCUUCUGUCUGUCGAUAUAUAUAUAGUUCUAUGACCAUUUCGUUUCCUGCAAUUCAACACAGCUCCAAGAGUUACGAGGCAUGCAAAUGGACACCCUGAUCCUUAUUCAGGCACAACCCUUUGCCUCACUUGUGGUAGCUGCUGUCUCGCUUCUCCUCUUUCUUUACCUAAUAAACCGUAACCGCACCCCGGCAGCUGCCUCACUUGUGGUUGGUCUUGCUUCUUCUCUUCCUAAAGUAACAGUGGUUCCGGGUUUACCAAUUGUUGGGAAUUUGCUGCAAUUGAAGGAUAAGAAGCCGUACAAGACAUUCGCACAGUUUGCCCAAAAAUAUGGUCCCAUAUACUCCAUCAGGACCGGUGCUUCCACCAUUAUUGUUCUCAACUCUGCCCAUCUUGCCAAAGAGGCCAUGAUUACCAGAUAUUCAUCGAUUUCAUCAAGGAAGCUGUCAAAUGCAUUAACAAUUCUGACUUCCAAUAAAUGUAUGGUUGCUAUAAGUGACUACAAUGACUUUCACAAAAUGGUCAAAAAACUUAUUCUUGCAAAUGUUCUCGGACCCAAUGCACAGAAGCGGCAUCGUCUCCACAGAGAAGAAAUGGUGGAAAACAUGUCGAGGCAGCUUAAUGAACAUGUGAAGAACUCCUCUGAUUCCCCGGUUAAUUUUAGGGAUAUAUUUUCUUCUCAACUUUUUGGAUUGGCAAUGAAGCAAGGUGUAGGAAGUGAUGUGGAAUCCAUUUAUGUGGAUGAUUUUGGAAAUAAAAUAUCAAGGAAGGACAUGUAUCAAAUUCUAGUGGUUGACAUAAUGGAGGGUGCAAUUGAGGUUGAUUGGCGAGAUUUCUUCCCAUACUUGAGAUGGAUUCCAAAUAGGAGCAUGGAGACAAAAAUUCAGAGAAUGUGCUUCCGCAGGAAAGCAGUUAUGAAAGCAUUAAUCAAUGAGCAGAAGAAGAGAAUUGCUUCGGGAAAGAAAGUGAAUUGUUACAUUGACUACCUGUUAACGGAAGCGAAGGAGCUAACCGAAGACCAAAUUAUGAUGCUUCUUUGGGAGACCAUCAUAGAGACUUCGGAUACUACAUUAGUUACCUCCGAAUGGGCUAUGUAUGAACUUGCUAAAGACAAAACACGUCAGGAUCGACUGUAUUCGGAGAUCCAAGAUGCAUGCGGGAAUGAGAGAGUAACAGAAGACCAUUUGGCUAAGCUGCCAUAUUUAGGGGCUGUAUUCCAUGAAACUUUGAGGAAGCACAGUCCAGCUCCCAUUGUCCCACUAAGGCAUGUUGAUGAAGAUACUCAAAUAGGAGGAUAUCACAUUCCGGCUGGGAGCGAGAUUGCUAUAAACAUAUACGGGUGUAACAUGGACGAGGAAGUGUGGGAAAAUCCGGAGCAGUGGAUGCCGGAGAGAUUUCUGGAUGAUGAGAAGUAUGAGAGCAUGGAUCUGUACAAGACAAUGGCAUUUGGGGUGGGGAAGAGGGUGUGCGCAGGGGCUCUGCAGGCGAAUCUGAUAGCAUGCUCGUCAAUUGGGAGACUGGUUCAGGAAUUUGAAUGGGAGCUGGCUCAAGGUGAAGAGGAGAAUGUUGACACAGUCGGCCUUACCACCCACAGGAUGCAUCCCCUCCUUGUCAAAAUCAAGCCAAGAAGCAAAUAAUCAACUACUCCCUCGCAACUCCCAACUCCCCCCUCUUACUUUCUCCUUUCUCUAAAUAAUCCGCAACUUCUAUCCCAACAAAUUUUUCUUCCUUUAAUAAAAAUUGUAUGUGUACUAUUUUACUUGUAACGUAUUUUAAUUUCAGCACAAAUCGAGCUAGCUCUCUUUUUCGUA